AUGGGCCGGCUUGGCCGGAGUGAUACCACGGCCCCACAGAAAACCAACGUGAAACAACGCUUGCGUUGUUUCACGUCGUAUAAAUUCCCGUAUCCAAGUCAGAGUAUCGCCAUAAUUCAUUUCAAGUACCCAAACUGGGAGUACAUAAGACACAACAACACUGAAAAGGGUUUAAACGAAGAGAAACUAACAUUCUCUAUGGACAGAUUUUUGAAAUCUGCUCAUGUUUUAAAGAGGACUGUGACUAAAGACAUCAUUAUGGAGUGUCCUGCGUUACACGAACUUCCAGAUUUGAACUUGAAAUAUUAUCUCAAUUUAAUACGAGGUGGAGCUACGCACAUUGGAUGUGGUCUCUCUGCUUACUCCAAAUACAAAAUUGAUGGUCAAACUGAGUCUAUUCAGAACAGUGUACAAGUAGUAUGCAAUAUCUCAGAGGGUCCCCAACCGGGAGAACCUCUGUACAAUACUGACCCUCCAAUGCCUGGUCUGGGGUUCACUAAGCGCUGUGGCUGUCCACAAGGAUCCAAGGAAACCAGGAACUGUCUCUGUGAAAGAGUAUCAGAUGAAUGGACAACUACAACAGUUCGUCCCACUACUACUUCACGCCCGAUCACACCAACACUGGAAAUCAAAAAUAAAAAAACAGAUUAUAAUAAUUACAAAACUAUUACAUUCCUCCCUCACUGGGAAUACAAAAAACAGAAUUUUGUAGCAGACGAUACAAAACCGGAUAGCAAAAGUAAAAGUAUUGAAAACCCAACCGCCGAGGAUAAUGAUUACAACUUCGAAAUAAAAAUGCCUGAUCAUGCUGUGUAUCCAAUAAAAAAUAGUCCUGUAAUCAAAGCUAGCAAGAUCAAUGGAAUGGGUGGCAGAAAUAAUGAAAUACGUGGCUUCAGACCGAGUAAUAUAAAAGCAUUCAGUAAUAAGAAUAUAGAUGAUAUCAAACCAAAAUAUAUAUAUGGAAAGAAGACUGAUGAAUCUAAUGAAUCAUUGCAGCAGCUACAGCUAAUAACAAAGUCAAUAGUACCAAAAAAGAAAUACUUCCCAAAACUAAAUAAUGAGAAAAACAAAUCAUUUAUAAAGGAACCUAUGGUAUCAAGCCUCAUUGAAGCCCAGGAUCAGAGCUUUGAAAUGAAAAAGCCUUUAUCAAAUAGUGCAGAUAUUGCAGACGAUGAAAUUAUGUACAAUAUAUUUGAAGAUGUUCCAACUGAAAGUGCAUUAAAUAAAGCAGAAGACAAUUUUGUUGUUAACUAUCAAAACAGAAAACCAACCCGUUAUCCUAAUAAAGACGAUUUAUUAAUUAUAAAAGAAAAUACGGGCAUCAAAAGAUUAAAGAAUAUCUUAAGUAUGUUGGAACAUGAAGUCAGAAAUAUCAAAUUUGACGUCAAUCUAAAGCAUUUUUUCGAUGUGAAAAUGAAACAAAUUUACAAAGCCGCUGUAAAUAAAAAUCAGGAUAAUACAUCUAUGAAAUCACCGUUUAAACAACAAGCAGCGAAUAUUAUGAGGGACAUAAAAUACUAUCCUGAUAAUAAUUAUAAUAUAAACAAUGAUGAUGAAGUUCAAGUGAUGAUGAAAACUAUGAAAAACGAAAACAAUAUAGAACAAAGCACUAAAGCAGAUAAAACCUAUAGUUAUACACGCAGUCAAAGUGAUAGUGUCGACAAUACGGAUCGUAACUAUGAUUACGUGGAACACAAAUAUGAAGAAACUCCAAUCGAAACGCAAAAACAUAUUCAAAGUGAAAUUGAUAAUGCUUACGAAGACACUCCUAUCGUCGAUUCAGAUUCUAGAAAUAUUUAUAAAAUAAGUCAAAAACAAUGGCUGAACAAAUAUCAUAGCAAUGAUUUUAAGUACAAAGACAUUUUAACUGGCAAAUACUCUGUAGAUCGCGAAUACGAAGAGGCCAAUGAAAUCCCAAUAAACUAUGAGAUUAGAAAUCAAGAAACUCUAUUGGCUAAUAACGGCAGUGCUGACGUUAGAAAGAAGCUACCAUUAAAUUUGAUUGGAUUUAAAAACUCUGAUAAGUUUGAUGGAACUAUAGAUGAUUUAAGUCCGAAUGAACUAUUAGAAAUAAUUAACUCUAGAAGACAAGAUAUACCGGAAAGAAAAAAUAUUCGAAUAUCAAUUUAUGAAAAAGAAAGACCUAUAUCCGAUAACAAUGAUCUUAACAAUUUAGAAAUAAGGUCAACUAAAUACCAAGAAAGUAAGCCACAAUUUACUCGUUCGCAACAAAUGCAAUUUGAUCGACAAAACAAAAAUGGUGACCGACGUCAAAUGCUUUUGUUGCGACCGCAAAUAGAAAGUUCAACAUAUAGAACCAAUAUUGUAGAACAGAGGCCACCACCAUACGCAAAUGAAAGGGACAAUGUGUUUGAAAAUAAAUAGUAAAUUAAUAUUAAGGAUUUACUUUUUCACAUGUCAAACAAUGCUAAUAAAAUCAACAA